UGGGUGCGCGAGGCGUUUGCGCCAUGUUAGCGCCGCUGCGGCUCAGCUGCUAAUACAGCUAUGAGAACAUAUGCUGGCUUGAUGGAAUGGGUGACAAAAAAAUCUAAUUAGCAUAUCGUGCAAAGGACUGACGACCAUGUCGGCGUGAAUAAGCUGUAAAGGAGAGACUAGACGCAGGAGGGAUUAUUUCUGUAUUUGGCUUUGCGCGUGCGUGCGGCGCGCGCCUGCGUGCGUGCGUAUGCGUGUGAAGGCUGCUGGCCCUCUUUUAGGAGAAACAGCAAAUGGGGCUUUUUCGGUUUUGCAGCAGAUGAACAUCGUCCUUCUCUCUGCCUCCGGCUUCCCUUAUUUCCUCCAUCACAGCUACAUCACCAUUUACCAUCACCUGGACUCUCUCUCGGACCUGUAUAUGACGACGGUGCGGGGACAGUAAUGACAGCACGCUUCCGGUUGCCUGCUGGCCGAAGCUCCGAUGUGGGAGAGUCUGAAGUGGCACGAGACAGACCGAGCUCACAGGUGGUGUGUAACGUUUUGCUGCUGGACAACACGGUGCAAGAAUUCAGAGCUAAUAAGCAGGAUCAGGGUCAGGUCUUACUGGAUGCAGUCUUUAAACAUCUGGAACUGACGGAGCAAGACUAUUUUGGACUUCAGAUCACCGACGACUCCUUGGACUGCCAGAGGUGGCUGGACCCGAGCAAACCGAUAAGAAAACAGCUGAAAAGAGUCACGUCAAAUAAUCUAAGUUUUAGGGUGAAGUUUUUUGUAAGCGAUCCAAGCAAACUUCAAGAGGAGUACACAAGGUACCUGUACUUUUUGCAGUUGAAGCAGGACAUCCAGAGUGGGAAGUUACCGUGUCCCCAGAAUGCAGCAGCAGUUUUGGCCUCUUACGCUGUUCAGGCCGAGCUGGGGGACUACAGCCAAUCGGAGCAGUCACCGGACUACCUUUCCGAGUACAGCUUCAUCCCAAAUCCGCCGGAGGAUUUCGAGAAGGAGGUCGCCAAACUGCACCAGCAGCACACUGGACUCACUCCUGCUCAGUCAGAGUUUAACUACUUGAAUUCUGCCAGUUCCUUAGAGCUGUAUGGAGUGGAACUGCACUAUGCUCGAGACCAGAGCACCACUGAGGUCCACAUUGGUGUGAUGGCAGCUGGGAUUUGUAUUUAUAAAAACAGGGUACGGGUCAACCACUUCCUUUGGGUGAAAAUUGUCAAAAUAUCCUUCAAAUCAAGACAGUUUUUUAUCCAACUACGGAAAGAAUCAAGUAAGAGCAGGGAGUCCCUGUUGGCCUUCAGCAUGGCAAACUACAGAGCGUGUAAGAACGUAUGGAAGGCCUGUGUGGAACACCACACGUUUUUCCGACUGGAGCGGCCCUUACCCCCCCAGAAGAACUUCUUCACGCACUACUUCACUCUCGGCUCAAAGUUCCGUUACUGCGGAAGAACAGAGGCUCAGUCUGUCCAAUAUGGAAAAGAGCAAGGCGUGAAGGACAGAGUGUUUGCCAGGUCACCCAGCAAGCCACUGGUCAGGAGGUUGGUGAGUGGGACAGACUGGGAGACGGUGAGCAGGAACUCUCUCUCAGACGAACGACUGGAGACACAAAGCCUGCCCAACCGCUCGCGCCCGGGUUCGCCCAAUCACUCCAUAUUUGCUGCGGAUGGCUCCCGAGUCCGUCCGUCCUCCAUUGGGCACCUGGUGGAUCACGUGAUCGAUGACUCGGUGUGCCAAGCUUUCACCAACCAUAAGUCGGCAUCGUCAACACAGGCUAACAGCAUCAGCCUGGACUCGACCCCAUCUCCAGACAGUGCAAUAGACAGCCAACCUCCUGCACUUCCACCAAAGCAGUCCAGGAAGAACCUGAUCAGUCACAUCAGCCAAUCCCGAUCUGAGCUUGAGCUUGAUGAUCACGCCGCAGAACUCUAUGACGUGCCUGGAGCUUCAGAUAAGAGCAUGAAUGGAGCAGUUCCACACGACAACCUCGUCCUGAUCAAAAUGAAACCGGAUGAAAACGGACGUUUCGGAUUUAACGUUAAGGGUGGCGCUGAUCAGAGAAUGCCCAUCAUUGUGUCUCGCGUCGCUCCUGGAACUGCGGCGGACCUGUGUGUACCGCGUCUUAACGAGGGUGACCAGGUGGUGCUGAUAAACGGGCGGGACAUCUCGGACUACACGCACGACGACGUGGUCAUGCUAAUCAAAGCCAGCUGCGAAAACCAAUCAGGAGAGCUUAUUCUGCUAGUAAGACCCAACGCAAUUUACGACGUGGACGAAGAGGAGGAGAAGCUGGAUUUGGAGCCGGAGUUCCAGUACAUUCCAGAAAGCCACACUCUGGAUCGCUCGCACUCAGACCCGGACGGAUGGAAAUCGUCCUUCCAGAUGCUGAGAGAAGGCCUGAGCAAUGGCUCUGUGCUCAUUCAGUUUGAUCAACUGUAUCGAAAACGACCCGGCAUGUCCAUGUCCUGCGCCAGGUUACCACAGAACCUGUCAAAAAAUCGUUACCGGGACAUUUCACCAUACGACGCGACCCGAGUCGUCCUGCAGGGACCCGAGGACUACAUCAACGCAAACUACAUUAACAUGGAGAUACCAGGUGGAGGUGGUGUAAGGCGGUACAUUGCGUGUCAGGGUCCACUCCCUGCUACCUGUUGUGAUUUCUGGCAGAUGGUGUGGGAGCAGAGCGUCACCCUGGUGGUCAUGCUCACCACACAGGUGGAACGGGGCAGGGUGAAGUGUCACCAAUACUGGCCGAACGUCUCCACCACUGGCACUUACGGGAAUUUCCAGGUCUCCUGCGUAUCUGAGGAUGGGAAAUCGGCAUAUCUGCUCCGAGCGCUGACGCUCACACACCUGGAGACUAAAGAAGAGAGGCAUAUUUGUCAGAUGCAGUACAUGGCUUGGCCCGAUCACGGUGUUCCAGAAGAUUCCAGUGAUUUCAUGAACUUUGUGAGCUUGGUGCGUAACAAGCGAGGAGACUUGCAGGACCCUGUGGUUGUGCACUGCAGCGCUGGGAUUGGUCGCACAGGGGUUCUGAUCACCAUGGAGACAGCAAUGUGUCUGAUCGAGCGGAGUCAAGACGUAUAUCCGUUAGACAUCGUACGGACCAUGAGAGACCAGCGAGCCAUGAUGAUUCAAACUGCAAGUCAGUAUCGGUUUGUAUGUGAAGCCAUUCUGAGAGUGUAUAACGAAGAGAUAGUGAAGCCGCUGGAGCCGCCGGAGCUGCCGGAGCUGACCGCAUGCACAACAGAGGAAUAAAGAGCUACCAUGUCCUGGAUUCCUUAGCGACUGCAACUGUCCCUCUGUCACCUCCUGGUGGAUGGCUGCAUUCAUGACCCCUGCAAAUUGGAACACAGGCGACAAAAGCACUAUUUGCACUUUAGAACAAUUGACCACUUGAGGGGAUUUACUAGAAAGACAAAUGCAUCAGGGUGUUGUAUAAGCAUUAACUUUUUAACAGUGAUAAACUUUCAGGGUGGAGGCAAAACUGAACAGAACUAAAAGACAAUAGAAAGUUGCUUCUUGUAGUGCCAUACACUGAAAUGAGCCAACCUGGAACAAGCCCUUGGAUCACUUUCCUCUGUUCAAUGCUAUUUAUGAUUUUUUUUUUAAUUAAAGAGUAAAAAAAAGAGGCUCAUGUCCUUCCCACAGUUCACCAUUUCAUUUCAUGUCUUUCUAAAUCCCUGCUAUUUCUGCCCAGUGAAAUUCAAGUUGUCUGCUUCUGUUCAUUGCUCUGAUGUUUUGAAUCUAACACUGACAUGAACACUUUCGAUUUAGGUCUUGACUCUCUGUUAAAUUCAUAUCAUGGUUUAGGACAGCAGCUAAGGGUUAAACUACUGUAUACAGUGUUCGAAAUAAUGUGAAAAAUAAUGUGAUAAUGUUCCUUGCUAGCAAGACUUUUUUUGCUGUAACGUUUACUUAUAUGACACACCAGAUCAGACUGACUGCUUUGGCAUGAAAUCCAUUUUUUUUAAUCAAAGGAUAUGGAUCAAACAAUGAUGUCAUUUAAAUCUACAUUAUAUUUUACCCCAUGUAAAUUUUGUUACCUAAUGCAUGUCGGCAGAAUUUUAUGAGGCUCUUGUGCCACAUUUCAACAUACAGGGUUUUAUUUUUUUUUUAGCAGAAUACUCACCUGAGAUCUCACCUCAAAGUGUCUCACUGGAUAACUAAGGUAAAUGCACCUAACUAACUGAUAUAAAGGUGCUACAGGUCCAACCCAUGUACCUUAUAAGAGUGAGGUAAAAAUGCUGUGGGCCCCAACCUGCUACCUUGCAAACUGAAGGGUCUGUAGAAGGCUUAUAUCAGCAUCAAGUAACUAGCACAGUCUCUAUACCAAACUGAACAAGGUUCUAAAGGCCCAGACCCAAUUCCAUGGGUCAAGAAACAAUGCUAUAUACCCUAUCCCUGUACCGGAGUACCUAUGCUAAAAGUGUUCUAGACCAGACCAGACCCCAGACCCCUGGCUAAGGAAAUUAUGCUAAAGACCCUGACCCUGUCCCAAUCUACCUAAGGUGCUAAUGUUGAGAGCUUUGUAACUGGAUAAGAAAAUGUUGCUGUAGACCCCAAACUUGUCCUGGAGCACCUAAGGUAAAGGUGCUAUAGCCCAGACCCCAGUAACUGGCUAAGGAAAUUAUGCUAUAGAGCCUGACCUUGUCCCAAUCUGCCUAAGGUGCUAUAGCCCAGACCCCAGUAACUGCUGUAGACCCUGUCCUUGUACUGUAUCCCCUGACACAAUUCAUUAACAAAUUUAACAGUUCUAUAGGUCUGACAUCUGCACAUUCCCGAGAUGAAGGUGAAGUUGGCCUCCUGUCUGCAGGUAGAUAUUAUUAAGAAGUAUUAGGAAAGCUCUUAUUUGUCACAUAUACAUUAUAGUACACUUAAAUUCUUUGCUGUGCUUGAUAGGAAGUUCGGGUCAGCCAUGUUAUGGGGGUUAAGGUCUUUCCUUGAGGGUCCAACACUGAUGUUUGGGUUUGUUGAGGCUUGAACAGCAUCUUCAUCUCCACUAGCAAUGGAUAGUACCAGUAGUACCUUUGCCUGAGUCAGCUUACAGUACCUUUUGCUUACUUAACCUUGUGCAAGGAAGGAACCUUUUGAUAUCAUUACCUUCAUGAAAGAAGAGGUCCUAUGAAGCUUAUGUCCCUGUGCCUAGAAACUGAGGUGAAAGUAUCAACAUUGUAUCUGAUAAAAUAUUGGUUCUGUAGGUAUUGUUCUAGUACUGGCAUUGGCUAAAGACGUUAGUACAAUUAAUAGGGUAAUGAUGUGAUAAUGAUAGUAAUUGCACCUAGUCCGGUACCUGACUCCAUUAAAGGUACUAUUGCACUGGCCCUUGCCAAUGGAGAUGAAGAUGACAUUGAUCACUGACCGUACAUGGGUAAUUAAGGUUUAUAAUGAGUUAUAAGCCUUGCCUUUUUAACUGGAGAAUUAACAUAGAUUUAUUCUACACCUGAUUUCACAGAAAGCUCUAUAGACCAGCCCGUAUUACCUGAGUACCUAAAAAAAUGUGUUCGUUGACAUAACACUCAUCAUUAGUCCCUCAUUCCUUUGUGAAUAAACUCAAAUUGUGGAAUACACACUGAAUUUCCUUUUGUUGUUAAUCUCCCUUUUCCCUAAAGAAACUGGAAAAAUGAUGUGACCAACUACUGUUUUCAUGUCUUGCUCUUAUUCCAUCCGUCCUGUUUUAAGAAUUGCACUCCACAAUGUAUAAGGGAUUUGGCUUCCAGGACCAACACCUGUUUUCGUCCUAAUGAAUGUCCAUCAAGCAGACAUGCGAGCUUCCGUGCGUGUUGUGAUGAAACUUAAGCUAUAGAUUUGCUAUUAAUAUUGUGUUGGGACAAUGGUAUUUUUGUAUUAUAAAAGUUGAGAGAAAAAAAAAAAGAGACAACACUUUGCAGCUGACUUUGUAGCCUGUCGAGCUACUUUAUUCUUACUGUAGUUAUGGGCAAAGGGGAGUCAUGUUGAAAUUAUAUUUAUGUCAAAAAAUUUGUUAAAUAGAGACACCUGUAGGAACAUCUCUUAACUACAUAGUGUCAAAUGUUAAAUAUUUGUAAAUAUGUUGUUAUAUAUUAAAAAAGUGUUCUGAAAAGA